GUCCAAGCGACGACAACUCAAAAAAGAAUCUGCCCUUCCUGAACCAACUUAACUCUUAUGGACCACCACCCUCACCCUACUCCCAGCCGCCCAACAUUCACCCACCGACAACAUGGUCAUCACAAGCUGGUUCCCCCCAUUCAAUGAUAGAACAGACUCCACCCUACCAACAGUCUCUACCACCUCAAGCUCAUCAUUCCCAUCCUUACGAGAGUGCUGGUCCCAUGCGACACAUGAAUCCCGCUCCCGGUUAUUCCUAUCAGAGUAUGGGGUCCACCGGCACGCAAAUCAUCGAACAAUCAUUGGCUAAAAUGUCAAAGGUGGUCGACUACUGCAAUCAAAUUUCUCAACAUGUAUCCCAAUAUCGUGAUGCACAAACAUUUCAGAAUUCAUGGUCCUCUGUACCUCGGAUUAGCGAAGCGCGGCUGACCGACAUGAUAAACUUGACUCACGACGUGCUGGAAAUUUUAAAUGAUCUAAAAGGUGAAUUGACUUCAAAGGCAGUUACCGGGAAUGUCAUGGACGAGGAUUUUGACCUGCUAACGAAAUCUUCUUCAACCAUCUCAUCAGAAGCGAGCGGCACCGCCAGGAAGAUGCCAUUCAUGUAA